AUGGCUACUGCUUCUACUUUUGCUGCAGACUUUAAAGCUCCAAUUGUUUGUUUGGAUGUCAAAACUCAUUUUGAUAAAUUGUCCUUGAAGGAAAAAAAAUAUGCUCAUUAUAUGUCGAGAGCUUCUCACUAUGGUUCAAGAGUUGUUUUGAGAAGUGUCAGUAAUGAGAGUGAAGACAUUUACAAGUUGAUCCUCAAGAUCCAUUCAUUGAAUCCUUAUGAAAAUUUAAGAAAAAAACUAGACGAUAAAGAUGGAGAUAUUGUUGAUAAUUAUUUACAAUAUUCUUCUCAAUUUUUAUCAAACUUGGGUAAUUUUAAAUCAUUUGGUGAUAGUAAAUUCAUUCCUAAUUUAUCGAGAGAUCAAUUUAAUCAAUUAAUCAAGUCAGUUGAUAAUGAAGAAGUCAAUUCUAUUUAUGAUAAGGUUUCAGAAAAAAUAUUUUCAGUAGAAAAGAAUCAUGAGACAUUAUUAGGACUAAAUAAUUCUGGGUAUUAUGUUUCAAAGGAUGGAUUAUUAUUUGACAAUAAUGAGAUUAAAUCGUUGAAUAAUUUAUUGACUAGUAAGAAUAUCAUGCCAGAGAACACUAGAGUUGAAAAGAUUUCAACAAAUGAGUUUAAUAUUUUAAUUGCAUCAGCAGAGAUUUCUAAUACAAUUCCCAACGAAUAUCCAAUUGAUUCAAUUAAGGAAUUUGAGAUUGUUGAUGAGAAAAGUAGCGAUAUUAUUAAGAAAGUUACAGUUAAUUUUAAGUUUGGAGAUCAUUCAAAGGAAUUUGAAAAAAUUGUUGAAUCGAUGGUUUUAGCUAAAGAAAAUGUUUCAAAUGAAAUUCAAGAAAAAAUGGUUAAAAAUUAUAUUGAAUCUUUCAAAACUGGCUCGAUGUUAUCGCAUAAAGAGUCACAAAAAAAUUGGGUAAAGGAUAUAGGACCACCAGUCGAGACCAAUAUUGGGUUUAUUGAGACAUAUCGUGAUCCAUAUGGAAUAAGAGGAGAAUGGGAAGGGCUAGUUAGUAUGGUUAAUAAAGAGAGAACCGAAAAGUUUGGUAAUUUAGUUAAUAAUGCUGAACAUUAUAUUAAGAAGUUGCCAUGGUCAAAGGAGUUUGAAAAGGAUAAGUUUACACCACCAGAUUUUACAUCAUUAGAGGUUUUAACGUUUGCAGGGAGUGGGGUUCCAGCAGGAAUUAAUAUUCCAAAUUAUGAUGAUGUUCGAAUCAAUAUCGGGUUUAAGAAUGUGAGUUUGGGUAAUAUUUUGAGUGCUAAAGAAAGCAAUAAAGAACCAGUUACAUUUAUUGAUGAAAAAAUCAGUGAUUUAUUUAAAAAAAAUCAAGCAGAAGCAUUUGAGGUUCAAGUUGGACUACAUGAGUUGUUGGGACAUGGGUCAGGCAAGUUAUUAUUAGAACUAGAUGAUGGGAAGUUCAACUUUGAUAAGGAAAACCCACCAGUUGGAUUAGAUGGCAAACCAGUGGAAACCUAUUAUAAGAAACACACUACGUGGUCAUCAGUAUUCGGAUCAUUAGCUGGACCAUAUGAAGAGUGUCGAGCUGAGUGUGUGGCCAUGUACUUGAUUACCAACAGAGAGAUUUUGAAGAUCUUUGGGAUAAAUGAUGUUGAGAGACAAAACGACAUUAUACACAUUGGUUACUUGUUGAUGGCCAGAGCAGGAUUGUUGGCAUUGCAGUUCUGGGAUCCAAUCAGCAAGAAAUGGGGACAGGCACAUAUGCAAGCCCGAUUUUCGAUUUUGAAGACGUUUUUGAAGGCUGGUGAAGGAUUUGUGAAGUUUGAGUACGAGGACGAUAAGGAGUUUUCAGACUUGAGAAUAGUUAUGAACAAGAGCAAGAUCGAAAGCGUUGGCCAGCCAGCAGUUGGAGAGUACUUGAAACAGUUGCAUGUUUACAAGUGCUCAGGGGAUUUUGGCAAUGGAUCAAAGUUGUUCUUGGAAAGAUCCAACGUUUCUGAGGAGAUAGGCAGGUUCAGAGACGUGGUGAUGAAGAAGAGGCUCCCCCGAAAGCAGUUCAUCCAGUGCAACACCUCUGUCGACGAAGAGACUGGAGCAGUGGAGUUGAGAAGCUACCCAGAAACCGAGCUUGGGAUGAUCCAGAGCUUCUACGACAGAGACGUGUAG